AUGUCAAUUGUUAGUCUUAAUUUUCAGGUCAAGACUCCCCAAAUGAGAGAGAAACUUAGAAGAAAAAACACGUUCUCUCUUUACGAAGUUCGAAAGUGGAGAACGCAUAACAUUCUCUGAGCACAUAGGAUGAAAGGUAAAGCUACCAUUUCUUGAAGGAGUUUUAGGUGGCAAGAGACUUUAGGGCCUGUUGGAGGUGUUGAUCAUAAGGAACUGAAAGCAAAGAGGGAUGAAGGUAGUUUACUUGCCAAGCUGAUAGUUGCACGGGAAGAGAGGUCAAAUGGCAAGGUGAUACACUUGUUUGGCUCAUCAUAGAAUAUAGCACACAUCAAAACUAAGAUUUGAUUUGGAAACAAGGGACAAAAAGCUUCGACAGAAAGGAAAGGCCUACCAGGUCGUAUGCCCAUGGGUGCAAAAUUCUUCCUAAAAGUGCGAGCUGACUCAAAGACCUGGGACUUUGACCUUAGAAAGGAAUGA